AUGACGUCGAUGUUCUUCGGCGACUUCGACUAUGAAGACUUGGUAAUUUUGAAAAUUUGAUUCGCUUUAUGUUUCAUUCUGUUGUUUUCCCAAAGAAAGUUGUUUUUUUCAGGCAGUCUGACUUUUUUUAUUUGGUUUUUAAUAUUGUAGCUAUAUGUUUAGAUGCAUUCGCGUGGGUUAAAAAAAAACUGAAUUUGGAUUUUUUAUUAACUGACGAAAUGUCUGGGGUUUUGCGUUCUAAAAAUCCAGCAGGUGAUUUGAACUCAAGAGUGAAAAUAGAAGCUGACCUGUGAACUGAUACCUUCAGAGGAUCAUUGCAAUUAAGGCGAAUUUGCAAGUCUUACAUCGUUAUGCAAAGUUGUACGAAGUGGGAUCUCGGAUUCCUGAAAAGGAUUGUAUAACGAGGCUCCAGCUAGACAUCUGGAACUGACACGCUGUCAAAGCCUACUAAUCCUUUCUGUAAAGAAAAUACAUAUUUAGUUCUUUUCAAGCACAUUUUCAUUUCCUCCCGGACAUUAUUUCCAUCCCAUCUUUUGUUCUCAGGCCUGUCUAGUCAUUGAUGCUGGAUUUGUUCUAGGAAAUCUUCCCGCUGGAAAAGAUUUUCUUAUUGUGUUUUUUAAAAAUAAUUCUCAAUUAGCCUUUGAGAAGGAUCGAACCUUGGAGCCCAAUAAAAACCUUGAGGAAAAAAACUUCACUGCUUCAGAAAAAAGGUUCGAAGACUUAAAACAAAAUUUUGUGAUUGUUGAGUUUAAAACGGUCGAACCGCUCGUUUCGUGCAAUAUAUUAGAAUAGGAAUCUAUGGAAAUUGAAAAAUUAAAUCAAGGGAGGUUGGCUUCGCAAAAAUUUGGAUAUCGGUAGGUUAAGAUUUUCAGGAUUUCUUUCAACUACAUAAAAAAACUAUAUGCUGAACUUCUGUAACAUGUCCAAACUUCCAACUAAGACCCUACCCCCGCCCGCUCUCAUUCUUUUUUAUUCAAUGAGAGACUGAAUUCAAUUGUUUCUUACUAAUGCUUUGAUUUCUCCCACAUUUUUUGCAGCUUCAACAAAAAAGAAUGAUAUUUUGCGAAGGAGAAGCAAAUUGCGGCAGAUGUUGUGAAAUGGUGUACUGUGGCAGCUGAAACAGACAAAAAAGAAAGGCAUAAUAACUUCGGAAAAGUUCAAUUUCAAGGUCGAGAAGAUUUGAAAAGGACAUAUAAGAGCACUUCCCCAGAGCAUAACUUAAUUGCAGGAGAAUCUUGUUUUGAAAUGAACUUGACGCCAUUUCAAAUUCUAUUGUUUUCCAACCGUCUGCGCUUUCCAAGGCGUCUAGCCCGCGAAAAGUUCUCAGGUUAUGUAAAUUGGCUAAACUUGCGUGGGGUCUUUCUUAAAGGUCGACGAACGCGAAAGUGUGUAUCAAAAUAAAAGUUAUUUAUAUUUCUGAAUAACAACUGAGUAGUUAGAAAACGUUUUGGAAUCACCUGGCUCUUCACUAUUCCAGGUACACAUGCCCAGGCACCGCUUUGCACGGAGAAAGGUCAAAGCUUUUCAAAAGUCGAAUAGUUGUGAAGUUUCAACUUUCAAUUUUGAUAGCUGCUAGUUCCAAGAAUUCUCCUUCAGUUUCAAAUACUACAAAAAAAGUGUGAGGCAUGCGCUAUGAUCAAAUGGAAAUACCUACAAACUGGCGGUCUCAUCAAGGAAAGUUGAAAGUUCACAACCCUUCGAUCUUCUUUUGAAUUUUCUUUCCUUUGUAUGUUUCAUGAGGUCUGAAAAAGUUUCAUACCGUUUUUCCUGAUGGCUCCAAAUGUUUUAGCUUGCCUGGCCACUCUUUUUUCUCCUCGGCAUCUUGGGGUGUUCAUAUGAAAAAAAAAUUGAGCAGACGCGCUAGACGAUUUGAAGAUGAGGCAAAAAAAACCUUUUUAUAAAUCCUCUCAUCCUUUUUUAAAGCCAUUUUGCUUUCUAUCAAGUUUGAGAAAACUCCAAAGUUUAAGCUAUCAUAACCUGCUUUCACGCCUCUUUGCUUUUAGAGAAAUUUUUUUUAAUCACAGUCUUUUGAAUACUUCCCAUAUUUUUUCUUGAUUUCAUGGUUAACGCGUGAGAAAAAGAACAAUCCCACGGCGUUUUUUUUUCAUAAUAUCUCCAUUUCUGGAGUUAUUCUUGGGUUGAAUUGCGUCGCGGCGUUCCCAACAUUAUAAAUAUUUCAUGGCCUCUUUUCUGAUUGUCGAAACAUUUUGAAGAAGGCGUCGUUCCCACGGUAUUCCAAGUUUUGUUUUUGGUUCGGCUGUCAUCCGAGCCAAGUUCGUCCUUUUCCUUGCCAACUUUCGACGUCGCUCUCUGGUCCAAACAGCUUUUCCGGCGGAUAUGUAUUCCGAGUAAUUCUAUUUAUUAGAGAGCAGACAGGUCAGUGCAAAUUACAUCCGCCCUUCCACUUGUAUGCGCGAAUUCUUCUUUAUUAAGGGUUCUCCUUAGGAUUUUUUUAUUUUUCAUGGGAGGCUUUAACAUGAAAAAUUUAUAAGAAUAUUAUUGAACAUAUAUGAAAAUAUUAUUAAAAAGUCUCUAAAUAUUCUCAUAAAUCCUUUUUUUCAAUAACUGUUGAAAAUCUCUAAGUUCGCAAAAAAACUUUUUUUAUGCUCUGGCGCUUGUAUUUUCAAAACAAACAUUUUUUUCAGGGGCAAAGAACUUUUGACUAACAGUUUCCGCAGAGCUUCAAAACUUCCAGUCUAUUUUUGAAUUUUUGAUUUUUAAAGAUAAAAAAAUUGAAGGUAAUUGUGUUUGAAACUUUACUUCUGUGAAACUGGAUCUCGCUAUGAGCUUUUUCUGGUUCACAGGGUUUCAUAUUGUGCAAUGUGUCUCUAAAAUCUCAGGGCCAAGAAAAUCCUUUUUGUCCUGAAGGCUAUCAACUAUAAUCCGUGACGUUUCAGCAUGAGAAUAGAAAUCUCCUUUACUUUGUCCGGAGGCUCUCAUGCUUCGAACCGCGAGAUUCGAGGCCAACUCCGUUGCCAAGAGAUUACGUUUACUUUGUAAUCCACGUAAAAUUCCGACAAGAUUUGGCAACAGCCCUUGAUGAGAUUACGUGGAAAAAAAAAUAUUUCUAAGGAUUCGCUACAUAACGAGCUCACUUCGUUUGUAUGUUUACGUCCUUGUUUCUCGCCCUCGCAAUUUGUUUUAUGGAAAUCUUCCUCUUCCGCUGUACAAAAAAUGAUCUAAGGAAGUUGAAUUUUUGCUUUUUCUCACACCAACUCAUUUUUCCUUACAUUACUCAAGUUUUCAUUAAAAUAACUUUCUCACGUAGUCGUGUGUAAGCUGCCUCUGAAAAAAGUGCAUAUUCAGAAAGUUUUACAGUAGCUUUUUCUUGGGAAAAAUGAAUUCCGUUCAGAAGAAGAACGACCGAAAAAAAAGCGAAGUGUUCUCGAAAAUAUUUUGGCGCCUUGGCGUUAACUGAGAGGUCUGAACAACGAAGUCUGAUUUCCUUCAAAUUUCCUGAACUGACCUUUUUUGAAGGAAGUGUCGUUUUUUUUUCAAAGUGUUUAUCUUUUUAACGAAGGUUCAUUGGAAAACAUCGAGCAUUCAAGAGAUUGUGCGGUCUCGCAUGAUAAUCUCAUUCCAUUAGUUUGGCUCAUCCUUUCAAGUUUGAUCUCUUCCUAGACUACAUAGUCUCACUUUCUGUUGUUUUUUUUGUUGUAAAUAAGCCAAGUCUACAUUUUUGAUGGUUCAUGACAGAGAUCACUAAUAGACAACUUUUAAGAAAGAACUAGUCAUGGAUUCUUUAUGCAAGAAGGUUUGGAGCUGAAAUUUAGGCCGAAAGCUAUAUACUCCAGAAAUAUAAUUAAUAUUAUCGUUUUUCGUCGAGUUCAUGGAAGUUUUAUUUUCAAGUUUUUGUAGAGAUUUAAGCUUAGUUAAUGAUCCAUUACUCGAUAAAUUUGCUGUUUAUACACGAAAAAAUCCGAAAAUCGGUUCUUCACCAACUCAAAAACUUAUCUGAGUUGCUAGUAUCAAGUAUUUUCAUUUCAAUUUUUAAACCUGGAGUUUCAUUUUUCCACCCACUCUCUUGCAGUCAAACCUUCUUCGGAUACGAAACUCGAACCCAUGACCCUUAGAUUUGUAGCAAGAUACAUUCCUCACUAGACUACAGCUUUCUCAAUUUCUACUCUCAUAUAUCGAGCAAAAACAGAUGGGAAGCUGACUAAAUUUCCGGCACAACCGAGUUGCAAUCAACUUUUUUUCUGUGGAAAGCUCAAGUCCACUUGUUUUCUAUACGUCAUUCCACCGUUCGUCGCUCCACAACUUCUGAAGAAAACAUUUUUCCUUCAUGAAGUAGGCCCUGAGACGUUUUGCGAACCCGAAUUUGUUGUGAGAAGUUCGCGCCAACCAAACAUCGAGGUUGAUGAGCCUCAACUUGACACUUUAGUUGUGCCUACUGAACCCUCUCAAAUAUUUAGUCACUUAAAGGUAAGUCUUUCUCGUCUUCUAGUUGUUUUCGAGAGAAAAAAACCUUAUAUUUUUCGCCGAAUAUUCUUAUUUUUUCGAAAAGACUGAUUGGUUCUGAAUACAAUGCUUCUUUGUUAUCUCUUAUCAGCAAAACAAAAAUAUUCUCAUCUUUGCAUGGGAAAGCAGGGCAAGCCGCUUUCUCUUACGAAAUAUUCUUCUCAACUAAUUGACAUUUCGAAAAUGAUCUUCUACUUCUAAGCGGCAACCUUGAGCCAAAUUGUAGCCUCAUAUUACGUCAAGGUUUCUUUUUACAGAAGCUGGAAAGCAUUAAUGAUGAACCCCAGAAAUUCAUCAUUAUUUCUGAUAACUUCCCUCAACAGUUUAUUCGCCGUUCUGCUAGCUUUUACUUUCUUUUCCAAAAAGUGUAUCCUACGCACUCAAUUAUGCCUUAUUUCAGUUUUUCUAAAUAAUUCAUGCGCGAGAACGCAACAUUCAAGUGUGAAGUGCGGAACAGCUCGAAAAUUCAACUAUCCCAUGGAUUUUUGACGGCGUUCGGAAGUGAAUUCAUAAUUAGUCUUUCGGGCGGAAGUUCAUAAAUUUGUUCAAAAAAGAAAGUUGAAUGAAGGGAAAAUUAGCUUUUCGUGCUCUAUUUUUUGGGGAAGAAUUUACAAUUUUGUCCUAUAUAAAUGUUUUGUCGAACCUCAAGACGUGAAUUUUUUGAAAGGCUGGCGGCACAAGGUCGUCUCAGUGUUUUGCAUAUUAAUUGUUUUCUUUCUGUGCUAAUUAUCGCCUUUCUUAUUGUUAUUUCAAGAAAGAAGGGCUGGACUUUUUGCCAAAAUAUUUUUUUUUGAAAAAAGAACACCCCAAAUUUGUAUUGGUUACAGUCUCCUAAUUAGUAGUUUUCGAAGCUUCAGUUUUCGACAGAAUUUUCAGUUUCUAGUUGGAAGGGAAUUAUUUUUGCUAGAAAUAUUAACAACCAAGUAUUUUAAUGACAACUUCAGUUUAGAAAUUAACACUUUACACAAAAGCACAAUAGAUAAUUACAAUAUUUUGGGUGAGUUUGACCGUUUCAUGGUCGGCAAAAGUUUUUUUUAAAGAUAAUUCUGGGGGAAGCCGAUUUCUAAAUAACAAACAAAGUUUUUUCAAGAAAAUCAAGAGAAAGAACUUCUUGAUUUCGGGAGAGAAAUUUCCUCGUGGCUAAUCUCCACCCCUCUUGAGAAUCUGAAAAUAGAUGUAUCCUGGAAGGAUACUCUCGAUAUUUUCCCUGAGAACGUUGAAAAAAAAUUUCAUUUCAAGCUACACACGUUUUUUCGGGGUUUUCAAGAGGUCUGGACAAACAUUAAGAAUCAGUGAAAUUUUUUCUGCUUUGAUUUCACAUUUUGUACAGACGUUAGUUUGGUUUUUCUUUGUUUCUCAAAAUUGAUUUGAAUGCGAUUUCGAUAAAUUCUUCGAGCGUCAGAAAAUGUUUAGCUCAUAACUUUUUCAAAUGGAAUACCACCGAAAUUAAACUAGAUAUAUCUUUAGUGAAAAAAACGUCAAAAGUUUAUAGUUUAAUGUGAACAACCAUUGUUUAUCGUGCAAUUUACAGAAAAAAGAUUUCGGAAAACCACAAAAUGACGUUUAAUUGUAGAGCAACCGUUUUUUUUUUCCAAUUGAACCUUCACGGCUCAUUUUCCAAAAAAAGCUCACUGUUCAAUGCGGUCAAUGAUUCUGCGGGGGCCUUAUCUCAUUUAUCACUCUGUUAGGAUCUUCAGUCUUUUCGGGCUCAACUAAUCGGAAAUGGCGCGUGGUCCGCCGACCAAGUAAAAAUAGCUCGAUUAGGUUAUUUGCGUACCUAGGGCCAGGCAUCCCACAACGUCCGUCUCGCGCAAAAACUUCGAUGCUUCAACUGCCUGUCCGAAUGUCACUUCAAUUGCUAUUUCGGAAUCUUUUCCCCUUUACUUUGCUGUUCAAGAUCAGAAAAGCAUCUUGUUGCAGAGGUCCAAAGAUUAUAAGAUUUUUGUGACUGAGCCAGGCAUUUUACUUCGUUUCCAAUUUAUGCCAGAACUCAGAAACACUUUUUCUGGACUUUUCAUAACUUCGUAUACCGAGAAAUCUCUGAUUUAAGGUGACCUCAUGAAUCGAAUUCAUUCAAUUUACUUCCUUUUCGAAGUCCUGCAAACGAGUCUAUUUUUACUACGAAAAAAGUCGUUGAACUCUGCAAAUGUUUUCAAAAGGAUACAAAUUUCACCACAAUUUGUAGUGGUGGGCUUUGAAGCUCUGUAUUCUGCUCCAGAGCAAGAGUUGACGUAAAGUUAGGUUCCGUUUAUAGUAUGAUAAUAUUGAAUAUUUACGUUAUUCGUUCUCUAAAUUUGGCUUCCAAUCAAAAUAAUUGAAUAAGGCCAGGAGCUUUUUUCACCUGAUUUGUACAUUUGCGUAAACUUAUAGACGUCGCAACCUGGUUAUUCCCAAUGCGGAACAUUUUUCUGGUUAAUAGAGGUGUUGCAUAGAAAGUAGGCAAUGGUUUUCCCACGCACCUAAGCAUUUUAAGAUCCCCAGUGUUCGAAACACAAUUCUGUGUUUAUUUUUUUGAAAAAGGUUCAAAAACGUUGAAUUUCUUGUUGCACAUCAGAUCCCUGUUUUUUCUCAGCCAUUUUAUUGCUUCUGUCUGGACAUGCUCCGCUAGAUACAACAUAACAUAAAAUCUCUAGCACCUCGUAUGAAUAAAACGAUAAAAAGAGCCGACGUAACAGAAACGUCUUUUCAUUCAUUUUUCUCGGUUUGUUUUUCUUAUUUCUGGUUGUUUUCAGGGUAUGAUAAUGAAUGUGGAGGACAUUGACAAGUACUGCCCUCGAGGAAUCUCCCGCAAUGACUCCGAACAGAUCUACAUGAGCACUCCUUUCAACGAUAAAUGCCUCCAGGUAGACUUCGGAAACCUUAUCGACUUUUGAAUAAAAAACUUUUCUGGCUUACUCAAAUCAACAAAAUUUUAUAUACCCAAAAUAAAUGUUAGAUAUUGUUUCAGAUCUAUGAAUAACUGUUAUCUCGAACCUCCAAAAUUUUUUCGUUCAAAAAUCAGGAUGAAAAAAUCCGAAGCAAGAGAUACACUGAAGUGUAAUCUAAGAUUCUUUUUCUAAAUAAGCUAUCAAUUUACUUUGAUACGUUUUUUUAACAUUCAAAUCUGCCGACUUGAUUGAGAUGAUAAUCCAUAUCUUCUUUAAAGAGCCUAAACUCCAUGAAAACCAAAAACUAGACUUUAAUUAAUCGAUAACUGAUGAUUGUAUGUAAAUUACUUGGGGUUUUGUUGUUUGUAAGUUCAAGUUGUUUGUAAGAUGCGGAAAAAAAUUAUUGAAAUUUGCUCAUUCAAUGAAGGCGAUGAACUCUAAUUUUGGACAUUCCAGACAUUUUUCCAACGGUUACAAACUUCUCUUCGGAGGUUUAAUCCGUGGGAGGAAAUUCUCUACACGACUGUCUACAUUAUCAUAUCUGUUUUGGCUGUUAUCGGAAACGGAUUGGUGCGUUGAUUCAUUCCGAUAGAAAGAGCACACUUUGAGAAUUACUGAGUUGAAAAAAAUGGUCAAAACAGCUGUAUGUUCGAACUCAAACAGAAAUUUUGAUAACGCAAGCAGUGGCCAAGUAAACGUAAUGGCGUUUACGUGAGGUUAUGAAAUUUCGAGUGAAUGAAAGACGUAUUAAAGGUUAUGGAGACUCAAAGAGUUAUGAAAUCGCAGAGAAGAACUUUAGGCGGAAAAAAAUGAUAAAAAAAGAAAUUUGAAAAAAAUUGUACGAAAUUGUUCCUUUCAAUAAAAGUAAAAUCGAUUUUGAUAUAUUAGACCUCGAUCAUUUUUUUGGCAACUUCCACGAAAAAAAGCUUUUUUUCUUAUAACCAUUGAUAAUAAAAAUUAAAAAAAUUAAAUUUAUCUCGACUUUCCAAAAAAAUCAGUAAUUUCAUUUCAUUGUUCUCAAUUUAGUCUUUAUCAGAAUUUUUCUCCUUUAUGAGCUCCAAGAAAUUAAAAAAAGUUUUUUUCAGGUAAUUCUGGCGGUGGUCAGAAAGAAAACAAUGAGAACGAAUAGGAACGUUUUGAUUUUAAACCUGGCUUUUUCAAACUUGGUAAGUUCUUUUUUCAGAUUUUCUCCAAAUGUUCUUUUUUUCAGAUAUUAGCGUUGAUAAAUAUCCCAUUCCUGUGGCUCCCUUCGAUAGACUUUGAAUUUCCUUAUUCGAGGUUUUUCUGCAAAUUCGCUAAUGUCUUGCCAGGAAGCAAUAUUUACUGCUCGACAUUUACCAUAUCUGUUAUGGCAAUUGACAGGUUCGUUUUUCUUUUUCUAUUUCCUUUGUUUUUUGCUCAUUUUUAACGAAUAUCCUCAUGAGAAAGAAUUCUUGAGACAUAUAAGCUGAAUCAUAGGGAAAAUUCCGGGAAGUGUCGCGUGUGUACAUCCGGUGAGGCUGAGAGCGUAGUUUAAAGGCGUUCUUGCCCUUUCUUGUUAGUAGCUCCUCAUUUCCUUAAGUGCAUCGAAAACUGAGAGCAAAGGAUAAUCUGGAAAGUAGAAAGUGGCAUUUCAUCGGAUUUUGAAGGAUAAAAAAAUUGAGUUUACACCUGGAGGGUUAAAAGUUGUAUUUGAUUUUUAGUCUUUGAUAAAGUUUUCGGUAAGGCAAGCUUUCCGAUGGUGUUCAUGAAGAUUAUAUCAUGAUCUCAAAGUAUUGUCAAGAAAAAAAUAAAUUUAUAAGUGGUUAUAAAAAAAUCUCAAAGAAAUGCCAAAAACGCCUUUUUUGUGUUGUUUUUUUAAACUUCAUUUGCAAAAAUUCCACAGGUGAGAAGUUCUCAACCUUCGAAAAUAUCGCAAACCUUUCAUAAAGUUUAAAAAAAUCUAAAAAAAUUUCAAGGUGUUUUUUUAAAAUUUAUAAAAAGAAAAAAAGGUUAUUUUGAAAGUCGAACAAAAUCAAAAGAACAAAAAGUUGUUUUUUUCAUUGAAUUUGAAAAAGAUUGAAAUCAGAAAGGUUUCCCCACAGAUGGAGCACAGUUUAUAUCAGAUUCGAUAAUGAAACCAAGUGAAAAGUUUCAUAUCUGAAGUAGCUCUAGAUACGGAAUGCUCAACUUUUUCAAUAAAAAUAUAAUUUUCAGCCCUUCUCAUUCAAAAUCCAUCAGUGUUGAAGUUUUAAUGUCUUUUACGAUUUCAAUUGGAAAACUGUAAGAAUAAAACAUAUUUCUCUGGAAGGGACAAUAUUCACGUUUUAUCAAUCGGACCUUACAAUGUAGAUAAGUUUACUUAGAGUCGAAUAUUUUCUGAAAAUUUGCCAGAAUAUCUCUGGAUGAACCUAAUUGAGAUCCUGAAUAUCUUCUGAGAAACAAGGGUUCGAAGCUUCAAAAUGGCCUAUUAUAACGUACAUUGACGGGAAUUUUGUCUUUGAGGUGUCUUCUCUCAAAACCAGAAAGUUUUGCGAGUUGCAACUUUCAGCAUAAUUAACAGGCACAUAAAGAAAUUUUUUAAUAAAAUUUCAGGAGGUUCCCAACCACAACAGGAAAUGACCUUCUUUGUUAGCUCCUUCAAUCACAAUUUUGGGAACUUUUUAGGUACUACUCAGUGAAGCGACUGAAAGUUGCUUCGAACCGAGAACAAUGUGUUCGAGCUGUGGCCGUCUCCGUGUUCAUCUGGGUGCUGUCAUUUAUUCUGUCGUUGCCCUUGCUGCUUUAUUACGACACGGCGAUGCUCUACGUGAUGAAGGUCCGUCUCAAGAAACACAAAACAAACAAAAAACGAAUUGCCCCUUCUCCAAGGGAUUAUUGAGCACUCUAAGAACAUCGUUAUUAAAAAAAGAAACAACGACAAUCACGGGUUACGCUUUCAGGAUAUUUUUGUCUUCGAUGAUGAUGGCGGGAUCAAAAUGAGAAGUUAUGGGUGGCGCCAGUGUCGGCUUUCCGCCACGCGCUCUUCCAUCAUCGACGUCAACACGCAGAGAAUCCAAGUACAGUUUGAUAUUUGGCAGGACAAAAAUUAUCCAUUGAAGCUAUGGUUAUUUGUACGGUAUGGUUUAUUCGAGGAGCUUUGAUCCCUGAAGCGCAGUUUUGAGAUCUCUUGAUUGUUUUAAAUCUAAGAAGUUCAAAAUUGAACGAUAUUUCUAUUCGAACAGCGAGUUUACCUUGAUUGAGAUAGUUUCUACAAUCUUUAAAUUAAUCUUCAUUUGCUAAAUUUAAUCUUUUGCUUUUCACUUGUUAAAAAUAUCAGAAGAUCCAAUAUUUAUAAGUCAUGCUACACGCAGAGUCAAGAAAAACAGAAGGAUAAUAAUUACACGGCUGGGAAAACCUUCAACGUUCCCAAAAUUAUUGUGUGAGAUUAACAGCAACACAAAGAUCAGAAGGCAGAAAAAAGUGAACAAAAAAGCUUAAAUGUGUCGUUUGAAAAAGUUGAAAAAAAAGAUAAAAAUGUUUUUCAAAAGUUAUGUCUUUUUUCAAAUGAACAAAAACUUAUGGCUCCGCUUGAGCUCGAUUUUUAAAAAAAAGGAACAUCUCGACGCUGCUGGGAGCAAUAUAAUGAUCACGUAAACCUUUUUUCAGCCAUUUGAAAUUUACCACAAAGCUUGAAAUCGUAAUGAAAAGCAAUUCAAACUGUUCCAAAGAACGUUUGAAAUUGGUGUUCACAUGAUAAAAGGCUUAGGACAAGUCUCCAACUUUUUUUUUCAUAUUCUUUGAAAGUACCUUUUUUCCAGUUCAUGAUGUCGGUGCUUCAAGUCGUGUUCUUGUACGCGGUGCCGCUCUUUGUGCUAUCAAUUUUCAACGUGAAGCUGACGCGUUUUUUGAAAACAAACGCAAAUCAAAUGAGUCGGAGCAGAGGAAAUGAGAGGAAACGGGAAGGAAGUGACACCAAUCGGCCGACUAACGAGGUUUGACUUUAUGUUCAACGUUCGCCUUCAUUAACUUCCAAUGGAAAGUUAACGGAUGUUGGCUCUGAUGAACUGCGAAGCCAAGAAAAAAUGACCUGAGUUUUCGAGAGCAAUAGUUUUUUUCCCGAGUGUGGGUGAAAAUAUAAUUUUUCAGAGAAAAGCUUCAUUUUUCCAAAUAAUUUGAAUGAGACUAACUUUUUCAUUUGUCCACUACUAAAUUAUUUGCGAAGUAAAAACGAAAUUUCAUUAAAUUCAAUGUUUUUUUGUUCUCAGCCAAGUUUUAUUGAGAAAGAAAAAACAUUUAAAUCUUCUGAACUCUUAAAUUCCGGUCGACAGAUCUUCCUAAAAUAUCUGCAAACUUUUUUGCAUGUUUUUGGUUUUUUGCUUGGCUUAUUAUCUACUUCCCUCCCUCUCAAUUUCACUUUUAAGCAUUUAAAACGGACGCUUUGCAGGUUUCGUGCACCUUGAAGAUGCAGAGCAACCUGCGGUCGCCCUCCAUGCCUUCGAUCAGAAGUUCGAUCGCCGAGAGAGCCAGCAACCGUCGGACGAGUCGCACCACUUCGUUGCUCAUCGCGAUGGCUGGCAGUUAUGCGGCUCUCUGGCUGCCCUUCACCCUCAUCUCCUUCCUUCUCGAUUUGGACCUCCUCAAUGACGUAAGAACCUUGACGUCUUCCCUCAACCGGAAUCAAAAAUUAUAGCGUUCUCAUAUUUUUUGGGUAGCAAAAAAUAUUUUGGAACUUUCGUGACGUGUCUUGUGAAUUAUGAGCUCAGGAAAGUUUUCAAAAUAUCCGACGUCACAGAUGACGAAUAGUUCACCUUUUUAAUUUGUUUGUGAAAUUCGAGAUAUGAAAAAGUAUUAUUUGGAGUAUAACGUCCGAAAAACAUGAAGGGGCAAAAUUCUCAUGAAAAUAAGGAAGUUCGAAAUACUUUUUUUUCGAGAGAUGUGAAAGCUUGAUAAGAAACCCUUUGAACUAAAUUCAAAACAAUAUUUUUUUGACCGGAGACAUGCAAAAAAAGAAUAUUCAAAAUAAAAAAAAAAUUUUUCAGAAAAAUCUGCAAGAAUAUUCAUCUAUUCAACUUUUUGAAUUAGAUUUUUGAGAGUGAUGAGAAUAAGAUUCAGUCAAAAUGGUUUCGAUCCAUAUGAAAUUUUUGGAAAUUUCCUUUUUUUCUUGCUUCAGUUCGGAGAAGUUUUUUUCAAAAAAAUUUCUUACUUUUUACAUCCAAAAAAACUGAUAUUAAUUUAAUAAUGACUAAAAUGCUCUUGAAUCAAUGAAUAUUGCGAGAAAAAAACAUAAUCAAAAUUCAAGGACUUUGCUCUUACAGGAAUCCUACGUGGCACUGGUCGAGCGAAUCGACCAAACCUGCAAGAUGGUUUCGAUGCUCUCCAUCUGCGUAAACCCGUUCCUCUACGGUUUCCUGAACACCAACUUCCGGCACGAGUUCACAGAGAUCUACUACCGCUUCGUUCGCUGCCAGACAAAACGUCGCGAAGGCAACCGAUUCACCCACGACUUCUCGUCUCUCGCGGGCGCUACUCGGUUCGCCAAUCCAUCCUUUCUGCUAAGCUGGCCGAUCAACACGGCGAUCUUCAGAUCCCACAGCUCUAGGAAAACAACUUGGGAAAUGACUCCUUUAGAGCCUACUCAAACUACUUAAGUGUCUAAUUUUUUUCAUUUUGUGUCGCCAUAUUCUUAUUAAAGCUGUCUUUCUUUUUACUCUUCAAUAACACGAUAUUUACUUCUUCAUGAUCUAAAGAGGUUGGUUCUGAGAAAAAAAUUUCAACUGAAUACUUAAAAAAUUUUUAAAAAACAAAAGUCGAUAUUUGAAAAUAAAAAGAAAGUUUUCAGAAACAACUCUCUUUACACUGAAGACCAGUCCUUGGUAACCGCUUUGCGGCGGUCGAUUCGCGGAUCUGCUCAGAAGCUACGCGCCUCGAUGCGUUCUGAACUUGCUUCUCCAAGAGGGUUCCUUUUUUUCCGUUUUGAAGUAAUACUAGAAAAAGAAAAGAAAAAAAGUAGAAAACCUCCCUUAAUAAUUGAAAAUUGUUCAGUAGGAAAUAAAUUUGUCUCUCUCAAAGAUAUUUUUGCCAUUUUGUAUUGGGACUUUCAAAAAAGACGUUAUUCCGAGUUUAAUAAAAAUAAAUAAAUUAAUUAAUGUGAAUUUGGUUUCAGAAACUGAAGUGGAAAUUUGCCGAGAUUUCCUUAAAUAAUAACGUUCAAAACUUGUUUGAUCUAAACCGAACGUGGCUGGAGAGACAGAAUGCUUUUAUUUGUAAGCAAGUGAAGCUGAAAAGUGUUUUUCUCAGACCGAAGAUUUCAGCCUUUUAUUCACAAGAUCAAGUUAUGAAUCAUAUGAAAAUUGCCUUGAAAAAUUAAUUUAACAAGCGAAGAUCAGCUGAAACUUUCGCGAAUGAAGGGAGAUUUUCAGAUUCCGACAGAUCGCCGUGGGUCCCGCUCAAUCCGCCACAGAAAAGUUAGCCGACAGAAUCGUCCUCGACGAUGAUGUCGACAAGGACAGCUUCGUAUAAUCUGCCAAUUCUCUCGCUUCAUAUGAAAUAAUUUUGUGAAAACUAUGAAACCGUGCCAAUUUUAGUCCAUUGCUAUAACGAUUGAAAAAGCUAAUUUGCAAAAAAAAAUUGAAAAGUUUUUUCAAGAGUCCUUCCCCUUUUAGGCUGAUUUAUGUAAACUACGAGUUGCAACGUUAACGAUGUCAUCUGCAAUUGUAUUGUACGUUCUUGCAUUGAAGAAAUUGUUUCGGGUUAAAAUGUGGAUUUAGACUGUCCAUGCUUCCAUAUAUAUAUUUUUUUGGCAUCGUUUUUUUCCGUGUGUGCCGUUGAAAAAAAUGAAAAUUUCUUUUUUCAAUUUUGGUCAAAUUGAAAAAAACUUAUCCUGAAACAAAAAAACCACGAGAAAAACAUUGCCGCGUUGGAAUUCAAGUGGAUUUCGAAAUGAAAAAAAACAGCAAAAUGACAUAGUGAAAAUUGUUAGUGGAGCUUCUGGAGAAAACCAGAUCAAAAAUGGUAAAUCGAUAUGAACUUGGCUAUAAAUUAAAUUAAAAAUGCCAAUGUUUAAACCGAGUGAAACUUCAAAAAAAGCUGAUUUCCUUUAGAUUAACGCUUUUGUCCAGCAAAAUUGUAGGAGCUGUAACAGACUCCCUGUGGCAUGUUCAAAAUUUUGACCUAGGUCACAAAGAAGAUGUCGGGUGCGUCGGCGGGAAAACUGUUGCGUAUGCGGGUCCUCGUCGUCGACUGCUUUAUUUUUCUUCUUUCUAUUCCUCGUGCUAAAGUUUGACAUUUCUUUCUGCGCCAGGUACACGCAAAACUGUAGAAUUUAUUUCACAGCCUUGAGGCGAUUUUUGAUGAUGAUGUGUACGAAAGUGAAUAUGAACGUUUUUCUUGUUUUUGUUUUGUCUCAAGCUAACGGUGAAAAAAAUGAUUUUCGUUUCCAUUUCUUUUAUUGAAAGUAUAAAUUAACAAGAAACGAGAUUUUUCUGAUUUGUUCAUUUUUCUGUCUUUUUUUCUCCGCACGUUGCAUAAAACCUUGAACUAUUUUUUAUCAAAAAAACUAUUGGAUCAGCGAAGUUCACGUUUCGCUUUAAGACGAAGAAAAAUUCUUAACUGUUAUUUUUUUGUUCAUUUUUUUAUUUUUUUGUUACGUUUCUAUCCGAACUUUGAAAUUUUUAUGUCAUUCAGUAAAAAGUGCUUCAUUUCAGUAUGAGACCAUUAUCAAUUGCUUGGGCGCAACUUACACGAAAAGCUGCGAAGACCUACGUGAUGCACAGAAAGUUCGACUUGAAGUUCCGGCAAACUCAAAGACUGCGAGACAAAUUGGAGGCGAACCGACUCUGGAGUAUUUGCAGAGAAAAUCUAAACGACGGCUUAAAACUGUAUCAAAAAAGGAAUAUAAAGAAACGAUGGGUUGGUUUUUUACUUUAGGAUUAGAGCUUCUUUGAUGAAAACUUUCAUCAAGGCCUUUAAAGAAUUUCCGAGAGCAUUAUCAAGAGUUUCUGAUUUUUGCGCUCAGUUAUUCUAAUUCUCGAUUGAGAAAACGCAGCAGUUUUUUUAUGGAUUUUUUUUCGAAAAUAAGAUGUGUUUUACAGUACCAACACGUCGAUUGUAAAAAAUGGGCGGACCUGCUCGUUAUCGCUAGACUCCGGAUCAUCCAAAUCAAGGCCCACGUUGAAUCUUCCGGAAUGGACUUGAUUCUCGCUCAAAAGUACGCCGCAGUUGAACCGACGGCCUCGAAGAAGAGAAAUACCCGCAACCUCGCUAAAGAAGUCGAUUCAGCGCGGUCGGCUCUUAAAAAUACUCAGCAGAAUGCUAGCAUUUGCGCAAAUGAACUUAUGGAUUGUAUUAAAAAGCAAGUUAGUAUACUGUUUUGCAAUUCCCAUUCAAAUUAAAAAUCUUUCAGUGUUUUGCUGAAGAACGCACUGACGAAAGCUAUGACGCUGACGAAAGCUGCAACGAUAAUGACGACGACAUCACCGACGACGACGGAAACAUUAGCGACAAUGACGAGGAGAUCAGCAGCGACAGCGAUGAAACCAGUGACGACGACGAGGAGAACAAGAGCGACAGCAAUGCAAGUAGCACCGACUCCAACGAAAGCGGCUCUGAAACCUCUAGCGACGAAGAAAAGGAAUAA